UCAAAGUGUAAACACUGGAAGAACCAAGAUUGGACGUAAACAAAGACACACACAAUUAUUUUAUACACAAGAUUCCAUCAUGAGGAAUUGCUGUUUUAAGCCGAGUAAUGUUAGAUCCCUAUGGUUUGGAAAUGUCAUCUUGGUGCUCUUUCUGAGCUUUGUUUGUCAUCGGGCGGGAUUGAUUGUCCAGGCCGCGGAAACGACGACAAAUGAAGCGUCAACAAGGCCAGCAGGGAGUGGAAACCCUCAGAUUGCUGUGAUAGGGGGCGGAAUUGGGGGUACUUCUGCUGCUCAUUUUCUACGCAAGAAUCUUGGGUCGUCCGCAGUGAUUGACCUUUAUGAACCCAACGUGAUUGGUGGAAGAGUUGGAACGAUAAAUAUUGAUGGACGAGACUAUGAAAGUGGAGGGUCCAUCAUCCAUCCAGAUAACAAAUACAUGGUCAACUUUCGUGAAGAAUUUGGUUUCAAAAAGUCAGAAGGUGGAAACAGCCUCCUCAGUUUCUACAAUGGCGAAGAGUUUGUCUUCACAGAAAGUCAAUACGCAGUUGUGACGUUACUGCGCAUGCUGUGGCGCUAUGGAAUGGAUUGCUUCAAAAUAUUCUCACUAGUCAAAUCCAUGCUCUCGUCUUUUAGCAGAAUAUACCAGCUGCAAGAUAACGGCGAAACCUUCAAUACCCCUAGUGAGUUAUUAGAUGCAAUGGAGAAAGAUACCUUCGUCAGAUGGGCGCAUACACCAAUACAAUCAGUUCUCCAUGAUCUUGGAUACUCUGAUCGAUUUAUUGACGAGUUUGUAUCUGUGGCAGCUAGGGUAAACUACGGCCAGAGUACCAACAUAACUGCAUUUGCAGGUAUGGUGUCUGUAGCAGGCGUCAUGCCAGGGCUAUGGGCUGUCCAAGGAGGAAACAAACAAAUUCCUCAAGCACUUAUGAAGUCAUCUGGAGCCAUGUGGCAUCACGCUAGGGUAAACACCAUAAAGAAGACAACUGGAGAAGAGACUAAGUUUGAAGUGACUGCCACUGCCCCCCAAACCAACCAAGAAUUAACAGCCGAGUAUGAUAUGGUUGUAGUCGCAACACCUUUAACUCCCGGUGUGGGAUCAAACAUCGAGUUCCAGGGAUUCGCACCAGCUAUCAGCCCCUUCAGUGGAUGGUACCAGCGCACUGUUGCAACCUUCAUUCACGGUCAACCAAACCCGGAAGCAUUUGGCAAGGAACCAGGCGACUACCUUCCUGAUGUUCUUACAACUUGUAACGUCAGUCAGAAGAUCAGAUCCCUUUCUGAGAAUUUCCAGGUAGACAUCACUGAAGAUAAUGUCAAUGUUGAUGCUGUAUAUAAGGUAUUCUCGUCAGAGCAACUCACUGAUGAACAAAUGAACAGCUUGUUUGUGUCCCGUAAGAGUAGCAAGGCUGUUGACUGGUUGGCUUAUCCGCACUACACUGAAAACGAUGACCUGCCAUCAUUUGUACUAAGCGAUGGUGUGUUUUAUAUCAAUGGGAUUGAAUGGGCAGCGAGCGCUAUGGAGAUGUCAGUGAUUGGUGCUCGUAAUUGCGCAUUGCUAGCAACCAAACACUGGCAACAUACCAAGGGUAUACCAUCAGAGACACAAGAAAUAAAAACAGAAGUGAAACGAGAGUUAUAGCUUUUGAUGAUAAAAGUCAGCAGUACUGUGGUUUUAUAAGAUUUCAUCUCAUGUUUUGUCUAAUGACAACAAAUGACACCCAUCAAAUUUAGUGGAAUUGUUUUGGUUUAUUAUUACUCAACAUUUGAAAAAAGGGCAAAUCCCCAUAAGGUGAUCAUUCUGCUGCCGCUUCUAAGUGCUGGGGUGUGAUCCUGGCUAUAAUUCUAGGUUGAAUGACUUCUGGCUACCCCCCUCGAGAAAAGAUAUUGACAAAACAAGGAGACAGCCUGCAUUGGGCUAAAUAGCUCAGUUGUAAGAGCGCCUGCAAGAUAGUCCAGAGGUUUCAAGUUCAAGUCCCUCGAAUAAAAUUUUCUUUUGUUCAACCCAAAAUUAAUAAGAAUAUUUAAAUAUUUAAAUAUCCUGCAAGACAAGUCAAAUUACUUGUAAAGUAACUUGUGUGUUUUGCUAAAACGAAUAUAAAAUAUUCUCUUUGUAAAAUUUGUUUGUACAAUAUAAUUUUCAAAAACAUGAUUUAAAUGUUCUUACAAGUAAUUGUUUUUCUUUUUAAAUACUUUCCCUUAUUGUCAAUUGCAAUAAAAAAUAAUGAUAUACAAUACAUGUUGAUGAUAAUGUGUUAUAAAAUAUAUCUUGAAAAGUAACAAACAAAAUAAUGGGAUAUAAUGCAAACAAUAACUUGCCAUUAAUUUGUUUAGACAGUGAUUAUAACAACAUG